UGUUUUUGGAAUUCCCGAGUCGCGAUCAUCUCGACUUUCAACUUAUCACACGAGCUUCGCUCACCAUGUCGGCCGCUAACAAAGGCAAGAGUCGCGAAAAGCCAAUGGCUUCAUUAUGUGCAGGAGCUAUCGCCGGAGGCUUCGAAUCCUUUGCGACAUACCCUUUGGAGAGUCUAAAGACUAGACUUCAGUUCGGAGCCUUAGAAGGCGGAAAGCCUUUGACUCCGCUUCAAGCUUUGAGGGAGACGUUGAAUCAGGGAGGAACACGCGCACUCUAUGCUGGAUGUACAGCUGUCGUGAUCGGGAAUGCUGUCAAAGCCGGAGUGAGAUUCACAACAUACGAUCAAUUCAAGAGUCUCCUCAAGGAUGACGAGGGCAAAUUGACAGCGCCGAGGUCGAUGCUAGCUGGACUAGGAGCAGGAAUGAUGGAAGCCAUUAUCGCCGUGACGCCCUCAGAGACUAUCAAAACCAAAAUGAUUGACGAUUCCAAACGUGCUCAACCUCGAUUUCACGGCAUGUCAGAUGCGGUUCGGACUAUCGUACGGGAAGAAGGGAUCAGCGGAGUGUAUAGAGGUCUAGGCCCUGUGAUUCUGAGGCAGGGAGCCAAUUCCGCCGUCCGAUUCUCAUCCUACUCUACCCUCAAGCAAUUGGCUCAAGGCAGUGUCGUCCCGGGAAGUCAAUUACCCGGUUGGAUGACUUUUGGCAUAGGAGCCACAGCAGGUGUCAUCACAGUCUACUCCACCAUGCCUUUUGACGUCGUCAAAACCCGGAUGCAAUCGCUCAAAGCGAGGCAGGAGUAUCGUAAUUCGCUUCACUGUGCCUAUCGAAUCUUCACAGAAGAGGGCGUCUUAAGAUUCUGGAAAGGCACAGUACCUCGAUUGGGACGUCUCAUACUGAGCGGAGGUAUCAUCUUCACUGUCUAUGAAAAGACAUACCCCUUGUUCGACUCUAUCUUUUAGACAUCUCAUGCAUGACUAUAGUAC